UCUUAGCCAGGUAGGGAUGGCAGGCAAAAAUCUUCAUGUUUCUAGGUACACUCCUCUCGCUGGCAGUCGCCGUUACCGGCGCUGUCAUUCCCAAUGGCCAGACGCUGUCUCUCAAUGAUAUUCCUUACUAUGUCAGCGGAAUUCCUGUCUCAAGAUUGCACGGGCACGAUGCCAUUACACAUACAUCCCCUUUGGCAGAAGGUGUGGAUUUGGCUCCGUUGAUGGUCAUCCCUGUCACCUCAAACAUGGACUUGAAAUCCUUGCUGUCUGAAUAUGUUGCCCGGGAUGAUGUGUUCCAGCCGGCCUUCUUGCGUAAUGUGUAUCUCACAUUUUCCACUGGGGCGGCUAUUGGAUCUUCACUGAGCAACUUUCUUUCGAUUCUGAGAUCAUCUGGCAAUGAACUGCUGCUGUCAAAUCUUGAAAUCCAUAUUCCGUCGUCCAACUCUACAAUCACAGCCCAACUUAGUGAUGAGCUUCCAAGUGGACCUUACUUUGUGUCUUUGCAUACCGGUGAGGUGUUCCGGGCAUAUCGAUUGUAUCCUGAUGACAACCUCGCCUUCAUCCAAGCAGCCAUCAGCAAUGAAAGAGGUGGCUUCCUACCCUUACCAGCAGUGACGGAAAAUGCCAUGACCAAAGAUGUCGCGGUACCCUCUCGUCUGUAUUAUACGCCGACUCCUGAGAAGCCCCUUGCCGGUCUGAGACUAGGUGUCAAAGACAUCUUCCAUGUCCAAGGGCUUAAGACCAGUGGCGGCAGCCGUUCCUACUACUACCUGUACGGAACUCAAAAUGCCACUGCCCCCGCUAUUCAGAGGCUCCUAGACUUGGGGGCCGUCUUUGUCGGUAAGACCGGGACCGUGCAGUUUGCCAACGGAGAUCGCCCUACUGCCGACUGGGUGGAUUUUCACUGCCCAUUCAACCCACGCGGGGAUGGAUACCAGUCGCCUAGUGGCUCCUCCUCUGGCUCCGGUGCGGCUAUCGCAUCAUACGGCUGGUUAGACCUCGCUGUUGGCAGCGACACCGGCGGUUCAAUGCGCUCGCCAGCCGCGGUUCAAGGGGUCUACGGCAACCGGCCAUCCACAGGAGCUAUCUCUCUAGACCACGUCUUGCCACUCUCACCAGCAUUGGAUACAGCCGGUGUAUUCGCCCGGAAUGCUUCGCUAUGGGCUCAUGCUGUGCAAGCUUGGUAUCCUCAUUUCCAGCACAACUAUACCUCCUACCCUCGACAGCUUUUCUUAGCCGGUAAAGAAUGGGAUGGCAAAGGAAUUUCUGCAGAAGCUCACCGAAGUCUUACCAAAUUCGUCCGUGGACUGGAGACAUUCCUCAGGACCAACCAUACCAAGGCCGAUGUAUCACAGAGGUGGCGUGACACACACCCUUCCACCAGCCCAAGUCUGGAGGAGCUACUAUAUCGGACCUAUGCCACGCUUACGUCUGUCGAUCAGUUCAAUCGCCUCGCCACACCCCUCUUUGCAGAUUACAAGGCAAUCUAUCGUGGUCGGCAGCCUUUCAUCAAUCCUGGCCCAUUGGCACGCUGGCAAUGGGGGCAAGAAAAUGGCGGAAACGCCUCGUACGAGGUCGCUCUGCGUAACAUGACUACCUUCCGCGACUGGUGGGAGACAUCCGGUUAUGGGCAGUCUGACGCUGACUCUUGCUCCAAGUCCCUUUUCGUCAGCGUGUAUUCGGUCGGCACUACUGACUACCGUAACCAGUACUAUGAUGAACCCACGGCACCCCCGAUGGGAUUCUCAGUCGGUCGCAUCGCUGUGUUUGGUGGCGCACCGGAGGUGGUGGUACCUGUGGGCGAGUCGCCAUACAACAGUACGAUUUCAUUACAGACUGAGUACUUGCCUGUGAGUGUUGCGCUGCAGAUGGCGCGGGGAUGUGACCAUGUCCUGGCUUCGUUGGUGGCUGGCUUAGGUGAGAAAGGGGUCCUGCAACCGGUGGGAACAGGUUCCCGGUUGUACAAUUGACGAAAGGAUUAAUGUUUGAGGAAUACGUCGCUUUUCCUACUGGAAGAAAAACCAACAUUGGCUGGAGGUCGUACCUUGAACCUCUAUAAUUCAACAAUGUCUGAUGUGAAAAAGAAGGUGGCCGAAGCAAGUUUCCUUAUGAUAUCUUCUGUUGUAUAUAUGGACAUAGAAUGGUAUAAUAGACAAAUAGAUAUAUUGCAAGAGGCCGGGAGAUUUCAAGUCAUGCACUUGCAAAAUUUCUAGUGGUGAACCUCUGUAUCAAGAGGAAAGCUUCUGCUCAUGCUUUUGCUCCUGUUAUCCCAGGAAGAAACGGCUAAGAGAGGAAAAUCGCACCGCUUAAUAUCCAUCAAUGAGCCCGUGUAAUACAAGGGGUCUGA